GUGAGGGUAUUUCCAUCGCAGGAAUACCUCUCCUCAUUUUGGGCGUCGCACUCCUCCUCCAGGUGAUUAUCGCAUUGUCAGGGAUGCGGGCUAUCAAAAUCCUGACGUGGAGCUCCUCACCUUUCGACUUGACCGCCGCACUCGUCCACCACACACAAUUGACCCCUGCUGCAUUCCGGUGCAUGCGUCGUGUGUCUGAUAUAGACACAUAUGAAGGUCCAGCGAAGCCACCAGAGACACAGCCCUCUGCGUGGCAUGCUCACCCUAGCAUCCGGAAAAUUGUCAUUUUUCUGUGGGUUAUUGUUGCAGCAUGCGCUGGAUGGGCCGCACUCGUCAUCAAUUACAUCACAUAUGGUCUACCGGGUGGCAGACUUGCGGUGUGGAUUCUGCUCUUUGUCAACAUUGUAGGAGUCCAGGGACCGUUGACACUGGGGCUGCAUUGCUCGGAGCUCAUCGUGAAUGUCAUUCGAGACGAAAGACAGUGGAGAUGCGCUACCAGCAGGCAAGGACUUAUAGUGGCGACGAACCCGCUGAAGCCGAUUUUCACUCAUCCGCUUUGUCUCAUACUUUUUAUCGCAAAGCCUUUCCUGCACUGGAUGUUUGGGCUUUCAUUCGACAUAGGCACAUACGCCACUGACGACACCCUAGGCAUUUUUUCCGUAUCUAUGUACACUGCCCAGAUCUGGAACUUAUGCAUUGCGCUCUUUAUAUUUGCCUGUUUCUUUACGUUCGUCGCACUGCGCCGACCGUGCGGUCCCCAACCAGCUGCAUAUGGCCACCUCCAGACGCUCGCCAACCUCGUGGAUGAGUGGUCGCCUGUGAUGUGGUGGGGACACAAGGAGGACGGAAUUCCGUACUGUCAUGCUGGGACAAGCGAUCGCCCGCUGCCGGAUGUGAAGAUGGAAUGCAUUUAUGCUGGUUCCGGUGCUGGGUCUCUGUUACCCCUCUCAUAAGUAUAUCCAUGUCAGGCUGGCGAUGCAUACAAUCAGCCAUGCCAUUGAACGAGGCAUACGAUUUUCAUGCUAUCUACUGCGUUCUAGUUGGUUUUUUUCCUUAUACCAUUCAUACGAGUCUGUGACAACUUUUACCGGGGACACUUUCGA